AUGUUCGAAUCCACCUGUCUUUGCGGUACGAAUCGCGUUUCUUUUGAGGGCGACAUAAUUGUGAGGAUGCGAUGCCAUUGCAUCGACUGCCGCAAAUUCUCCGGCUCUACGAAUACCAACAACAUCCUUCUGCCCUUUGAGGGAUUCAAGGUUCUUCAGGGAACGCUCAAAACUUAUGCCAAAGAAGCCGAGACUGGCAAUGUUAUGACGAGUUACUUUUGCGGGGACUGCGGAUCAACACUGUACCGCAGGUCAAGCUUCACCGACACAGUGGCUGCAGUGAUGAUUGGAGGAGUUGACGGGCUGGAAACCAUCGAGAAAGGCAAAGCGGAUGUUGAGCUUUAUGUCAAGAAUCGCCCGAGUUGGAUGAAGCCGAUUGAAAGCGCAAACCAAGAGCAAGGCACUUGGCUUCCGAAGCAUUAA